AUGCCGUCUUCUCCCCCGCCGUCGUCGGCUGUCCUAGCGACGACGUCCGCUACUCCCAUAUCUGACGACUCCUCACUCACAUACCGCCCUUCCCGUCCGCCCUCGCUCAACUACUCCCUCGCACCCCGACGCCGUAAAUUCGCCAUCGCCAGCUUCCUCAUCCUCAUCUUCAUCGAGGCCGGCGUCAUCCCCCUCAUCGUCUUCUACGCCAUCCGAUGGGGCGCCCACCUCAACAACACAAAGAACCUCGCCAUCAUCACCUCAAUAGUCGGCACUUACUCCUCCUACAAGCUCGCACGAAGGUCAUGGUAUCUCUUCAUUAGCGACCACGGACAUCAGCGCAGACCGCUCGGCGCCAGCAGGUUUGGCCCAGACGCAUUCACCAUUCAAAUCGGUCUUGCUAUGACCGGCUUCUUCGUGCCCCUCGUUAUUGGCUCCUCUGUAAAUCCCGCCUCCGUACACACGGUGUCCAUGUCCCUAUCAUGCUUUAUGAUCGCCUUCUGCGUUCCCCUCCUCAUCACUUCCGUCUGGCCGCAUAAACUCAAAAUGCCCUUCCGCGUCUCCUCCAUGCCUCCCUGGACCGGCCUUCCUCCAGCCAUGUAUACCCUUGUCGAGGACAUCGUCGCUGUUGACGGCGGAGGCUGCGUCGAGUUCCGCCAGGCCUGGCGGAUACGUUACGAACACUCCGCCAUCAUGCGCCGCAUUAUCCGCAUCACCUCCUUCUACUGGGGCGCAUCCGGCUGCAUAUGCGCCGCCGCGUUCAUCGCCAUCGCCUGGACGACCCCCGAAGAUAUUGGCUAUGGCAUCGGCUGGGGCUUGCCGUGGCUCUGGGCAUUCACAAGUCUGGCGUUUACCGUGCGGUGGGUGAAGAAGGAGCUCAAACGGGAGCAGGAAGAGUGGAACACUACGCUGGAUGAGAAGGCCGUCGCAAGAGAGGUCAACGACUAUAACGAAGCCCAGGACGGCGUUUGA